AUGGACUGCCUUGAUGCUAUGAUUAAAGAGUGUAUGAAUUUAUUUUCAAAAACCUUGGAGACAUUUCAUUUCUGUGGCAAUGUCGAUGGCCCGCAAUUAUCGAAUUUUACAGCACAUAUUGACUUUUUUCCUGUCCUGGUACAUUUGGACAUCAGUUCUUCGAACACACAUCUCUAUUACAUGUACCUUGACCUGUCAAAAAUAUAUGGAAAAUAUUCUAACGGCAGUUCUCGCAUUGAUAUUGAUAUGUCCUACACUCACUUUAAGUACAUUCCCUCAAGAUUUAAUUUUAUUGCGCCCACUAAGCACAGAAGAGAAAAAUGCGCUGGCGAUGCCGAUUACAUAAUCUUAUCGCAAACAAGUUCUUCUUGUCCGAUUAUCAACAGCGGGGGUAGUCAUUCUGACUGGAGUUUAUAUUCGGAUACUAUUAAGAAAGAUAAAUGGUAUUUUGCUCGCUAUAGGGAUUACUAUAGUGCAGACGGAUAUAUUAUAUAUCCACUGCAAGAGUCUGGGAAGAUCAAUACUGUAGAUGAAAAGGAUGAAUACGUUGGCUUUAACAUGGUCCCAAAGGAGUGGUUUACCGAUGAUAUUGACCUUACUUACGCUGUGGUCAGAUGUGGUAGCAUAUCUGAUAUUAAUAUGCCUGAAAGCAAAGUUCAAGAGAUAAAUGGGUCAGUAGGCAAUUUGAAAGAUAUCAAGACUCGUGGUGUUCAAACCUUAUAUUCCGGGAGCACCUUCUCUCUUUUCUAUUAUUUGGCAUUAUUGUUUAUUACUCUCCUAAUGCUGGCAUCAGAAUUGCCUUUUGAUAUUCUUCGUAAUAUUGGGCGUUUUCUCUGGCUGCCUGAUCAACUUGAAUCAUGUCUUGUGUGCCGAACAUGGAGAAUUCCAUUCCAAGAUUCCUUGUGGGAUGUGAUCACUUUUAAGCAAUUUCGAAUGUUUGAUAAGAUGCUUGACGUGUCUGACAGAGCCCAUGAAUCCUAUCAACAAAAUGGAUACCGCGUACGAGAAUUAUCUAUUCAUUCAGAGAUUUCUAUAAGCGACCAAAGAUUCCUUGCCUUCCAGAAAUACUUCCCAAACAUCAUUUGUCUCUUUAUAUCAGACGGCCACCUGAAUAAAACGACUCUUGUAUCUGUUGCUAAUUGGAACCUUUGGGGAAAAACUCUCACAGACUUAAAAAUCCACUCUAUGGAUUGGGAAUACGCCAAUCAAGCCGAUACACUUCUUGAUAUUUCUUUGCAGCUACCCAAUCUUAAAAGUUUGAUAGUAACACUCUUUUGUGGAAAUACACCGGCUUUGAUGACAUUUGAUCAACUCGAAAGCUUUCAUUCAAACAUGCCUCUCCUGGAACGUCUUGUAUUAGAUAUGAACCUUGCUGAUUUCGGAAAUGAAGAAUAUGUAUUAAGCCGAAUCCUAAAUGUGAAGCCAGCAAUGAAACUAAAGCAUCUGCAAUUCAAUUUCUUUCACUCGUUCUAUCAGUGGCUGUGUUAUUUUGCCAUCAAAUAUCCGAGCUUGCAAACAAUCAGGAGAACAAAUGAUUUUGGCGAAGAAGAUUAUGUACAGCAUCCAAAAGAAAGACAUAUUGUGUCUCAUUUAUACCCGCCUGCGUUUCAAUACUUGGAAUCGAUCGACAUGACUCCAACCAAUACAAAACAGCUACAUCUUGAUAUAUGGAAACAAAUGUAUCUUCUUGGUACCAAACUCAAGCACAUCAAAUUGAAUUUACAUGAAAGGGUUGAAAUGGACUGCCUUGAUGCUAUGAUUAAAGAGUGUAUGAAUUUAUUUUCAAAAACCUUGGAGACAUUUCAUUUCUGUGGCAAUGCCGAUGGCCCGCAAUUAUCGAAUUUUACAGCACAUAUUGACUUUUUUCCUGUCCUGGUACAUUUGGACAUCAGUUCUUCAAACACGUUAAUUGAAUUAGACGUUCUCUUGGAUCGGUGUGUAUCGCUAAAGCUCUUAAGAGUCGAAGAUUGCAAAAUUCUUCUUAGUACAAAGGAGUAUGAAACACCAAAAAGCCAUGGUCUACGAAUGCUAUGUUUAUUGUAUGCCAUCACUACUUGCAACUUACUUGAAUACCUGUCAGUCCGUUGCAGACGUCUUAAUUACAUUCUCCUUGGUUUAUCAGAAAUAUACGGAGAACACUCUAAUAGCAGCUCUCGCAUUGAUAUUGAUAUGUCUUAUACUCACAUCAAGUAUAUCCCCUCAGAAUCUAAAUUUAUUUCACCCUCUAAGCGCAAAAGGGAAAGGUGCGCUGGCGAUGCCGAUUACAUAAUUUUGUCGCAAACUAGUUCCCCUUGCCCGAUAGUCAGCAAUGUUUCUACCCACUUUGCUUGGGAUCUAUAUUCAGAUACUAUCACGAAAGAUGUUUGGUAUUUCGCUGGCUACAAUGAGUACUAUGGUAUGGACGGAUAUACCGUAGAACAACGGAUAAUGACUGAAGAGGAUAUCACAACCGUAGCCAAGAUUCUUCGAAAGCAAGAAUGUGGGAAUAUAAAUACUAUAGAUGAAAAGGAUAAGUAUUUUGGUUUUGAUAUGGUCCCAAAGGAAUGGUGUACCGAAGAUAUAAACCUUACGUACGCUGUGAUCAGAUGUGGUAACAUAUCUAAUGAUUAUAUACCACAUGAAACUAUGUCUGAUAGGGAGGUUAUGGAACGGCUAUAUACUACGUUUUAG